GGGGCGGGGGUACACCUGUGGGGCAAGAACGGCGAGUUCACGCCGUGCUGGGUGUGGAUCCGCCUCGGGGCUGAGAGCUAGCCUCCAGGAGGGCCGCCUAGUGGGGUUGCGGGUGGGCCUGAUUGGCCUCUGUCCUCGGAGCAGGAUGCAGUGACGCCCCUGAGCGACCAUGGCAGCGGCGGAUGAGCUGGCCUUCCACGAGUUUGAGGAAGCCACUAAUCUGCUGGCCCAGACCCCAGAUGCGGCCAUCACCAGAAGUGAUCAGCUGACCCCCCAGGGUCACGUGGCUGUGGUCAUGGACUCAGGUGGCAGCUAUGGAGCUGACGACGAGGUGGAGAGUGACAAGGCCGCGCUCCUACAGGAGGAGAAGCAGCAGCCUGGUUUCUGGACCUUUGGCUACUACCAGAGCUUCUUUGACGUGGAUACCUCACAGGUCCUGGACCGGAUCAAAGGCUCGCUGCUGCCCCGGCCCGGCCACAACUUUGUACGACACCAUCUGCGGAAUCGGCCAGACCUGUAUGGUCCCUUCUGGAUCUGUGCCACACUGGCCUUUGUCUUGGCCAUCACCGGCAACCUGACCCUGGUGCUGGCCCAGAGGAGGGACCCGUCCAUCCACUACAGCCCCCAGUUCCACAAAGUGACCGUGGCCGGCAUCACCAUCUACUGCUACGCGUGGCUGGUGCCACUGGCGCUGUGGGGCUUCCUGCGGUGGCGCAGGGGCGUCCGGGAGCGUGUGGGGCCUUAUACCUUCCUGGAGACUGUGUGCGUCUACGGCUACUCCCUCUUUGUCUUCAUUCCCACCGUGGUCCUGUGGCUGAUUCCUGUCCCAUGGCUGCAGUGGCUCUUUGGGGCCCUGGCCCUGGCCCUGUCAGCUGCUGGCCUGGUGUUCACCCUGUGGCCUGUGGUCCGUGAGGACACUAGGCUGGCGGCCACGGUGCUGCUCUCCACCGUGGUGCUGCUCCACACCCUCCUGGCCAUGGGCUGUAAGUUUUACUUCUUCCAGCCGCUGCCUCUGGAGCACGUGGCGCCUCCCCACCAGGCCAUGUCUCAGCCCCCAAACACCCUGCCACCCACGCUGCCAAGGUCCAUGGCAACCUAGGAUGGCUGGAGCCACAGGAGUUUCUCUCUUUCAGGCCCAACGUGAGGGGACGCCUCCGCCUGUCCUGCCCCCGAGAUGGUGAUUGAAGUCUCCCCUGAAACCUCAACAUCAUUCUGCUACUUUCCAGACUUUUCUUACAAAGCAAACACUUUUAUUUUCUAUGCAAAGGUGAUUCAGAGAAUUUAUAUAAAGGCGGGAGAGGGGCAGCACAGGGAGCUUCCGGGGCGGCCAUCACCCCAUGGGCCGUCUGCCAGGGCGGGUGGCAAAGGGGCCACCCCAGCCUCGGCUGGGCUUGCUCUUUCCGGAGUUAGUGGGCCCUGGGCCUAGCCUGAGCUCCGCCACGUCCGAGUCUGGGGUGUUAGAAAUGGGGAGUGGAAGAAAAUUGCCUGUGCUGAAACAUACAUUUCCUUCUUUAUUUUGUUUUUUUCCUUUUCCUUUUUUUUUUUGGAGAGGUCCCUGCAAGGCCCCUUCCCAGGCUGGGGAGGGACCAAAAUGCCAUCAUGGUAUUAGGGACUGGAGCAUCUACAAAUACUGAAGGGGAUACACAGGCCUAACAUUAGCUACGAGGAGAAAGGACGCCUUCCAUGACAGACCCUUGAGGUUUCUGCGUCUGCCCCAAGUGGCUGACGGUGACCCUUCCCUCCAGGCCCAGGGCCCAUGGGGCCACCUGUUCUAGCUCUUGGUGCGGGUUGGGGAGGGAGCCCUGCAGGGGCUCAGGGACAGGACAGCAGCAAGACGCAGGGGCCGAGGACGGAGGGCCUUCCCGACAGCCGGGUGGGUUGUACAUUCAAGUGUGAGGUGAACCCUUUGGUGGGAGGGGGCCGAGGGGCUUCAGAGGCCCGGCCCCACCCCAUCCUGAAGACUCGGCAGGGCCGCCCCUCACCACUGAGCCUCUGAGUGGGGGAGAGGGGCUGCUGGCUCGGCCCGGCCGGCCUGAUUUCUCAGAGGGUCUGUGGAUUGACACUGGUUCUUUUUGUAAAAAAAUAAAUUAAAAAAAGCAGCA